AUGGCACCCCAGGUCACGUCUUAUAAAGACCUGCAUCUCCUCUGCGAGGCUUUCGACAAGGCAACCCGCGACUUCCUAUACACAACCUUUGCCGUCAUCGACGACAACGAUGUCGUAUACUUUGGCCAGCUAAACAUCUCUAAACUCAAGAUCACUUUCGAGCAGUUCACAUCUGCGCUGAGCCCCAUCCCCGAUGAGGACCUCUUCCCUGAACUGCCUCGGAACGGAUUCUGGAGAAACUGA